AACAUGCCUCCGAAUAUAUUCAAGAUGAGAUUAUACUAAAGUCAGAAAUCUCGUAAAGUGGUCAGUGUCAUAUCCAACGAGAGACUCAAAACAAGUUUGGGGUCACGAAUUAUCAAGAAUAAUUAAUUAACAUUAGUUUAGUAUUCAUUAUUAUCGUACAAAAUGUUGCUGUUUUUAAUUAUAGGACUAUGCCUGACACAUGUAGCUCAAACCGAUCCUGCAACAAAAUAUAUGCCAUUAGAUACGGAUGUUUAUUAUCCAAGCAUAAACUGGUCAAGUACAUUUGACUGGAAAUUACUAAAAGAAUAUGCACCUUUCAACCCAAACCUAUUAAUAUCCCCGAUUAGUUUAAAAUUAAUUUUAUCCCUGCUCUAUCAAGGAUCAGCAGGAAUAACUAAGAGAGAAUUCGAAACUGUUCUUGAAUUCGAAAACCAACUGAGCGAGAGAGAAGAAGUUAGGGAUGUACUCACGAAAUUACAGAUCAUGGAAUCUCCGGAUUAUUUUCUAAAUUUAGGAACUAGAGUAUUUUUAGAUAGUGGCAUAGUACCUCAACAGAAAUUCGCCAGCAUCGCCAAAGAUUAUUAUAGGAGUGAUAUUGCUUUAACAAAUUUUUGUAAUACCGAAGAAGCUGGAUACAGUAUUAAUUCGUGGGCUGAAAAACUGACGAAUGGAAGGAUUAGCAAGCUUGUAAAUCCAGCCGACCUUGAGGAUGCCAUAAUGGUGAUAGCGAACGCGGUGUACUUCAAAGGAUCGUGGAGGUAUCCGUUUUCCAACAAAACCGUUCAAGAUAAAUUCUACGUCCCGAACGGCGACAAUUUCUUUGCUAUUACAGCCAGUUUUAUGUCUACUGAAGACAAAUUUUAUAUCCACGAUUCGCCCAAGUUAGACGCUAAAAUAUUGAGGCUGCCUUACAAAGGAGGAAGAUACUCCAUGUUUAUAGUAUUACCCAAUUCCAAAGGUGGUUUGAAUUCCCUGAUAAGACAAAUUCAUCUAGGUAAUUUGAAAAAUAUGUUAUAUAUGAUGGACAAGCGACCAGUUCAAGUAAAAAUUCCAAAAUUCAAGUUUGACUUUCAGGCCAGGUUUAGCAAAACUUUACAAGAGUUUGGUCUGCUGCAAAUGUUCCAAAACACUGCCAGUUUUCCAGGAAUCGCCAGAGGAAAUAGCACCAUUUUGAGGAAAUUACUAGUAUCCGAUAUUGUGCAGAAAUCCGGUAUCGAAGUCAAUGAGUAUGGAAGCAUCGUUUAUGCCGCCUCAGAAUUGACCAUUGGCAACAAAUUUGGAGAACAAAUAACGACAUUCGAAGCUACGCAUCCGUUCAUGUUCUUCAUAGAAGAAGAAAUUAACGGCAUAGUGUUGUUUGUUGGAAAAGUUGAAAAUCCUUUAGGUGGGGAAGUGUUACCUCUUGAACCGAAACCAGUUUAUUAAAGACUUUAAAGUAGUAACAUGGGCAGUACUUUUUAAUAAUGUGUAAUUCAUAAUAAAAUUAUUUAAUUUUUAUUUUUCUUUAUUACUAGGAACACGGAGAGAUUUU